AUGGGAGCCGUCGUCUCUUGUAUCCAAAGCGUCUUCCGGGCCAUCGGCUCCUGCCUUAUGGCCGUCGUCAACGCGAUUGGCUCCGUCCUCCACGCCAUCAUCAACGGCGUCGUCACCGUCAUCGAUGUCAUUAUCUCCUGCCUGACCUGCGGCUACUGCUCGCGGCGGAAACGGACUAGGGCGGCUGUAUAG